AUGACUCCUCCAUCCGACCAGGGCAUCAUUGCUCAGAUCGUCGACGCAGUUGUAUCGGGCGAAGAUGAGUUGUCUAUCACGCGACGUACCAACAUCAAACAAGCAGUGGCCGAUUUGUCUUUGAUGGUCGUUGCCAAGCUUUCGAGCGACUUCUGGAGCUCUACUGCCUUGGCCCUACUCGGUGCUACACCAGAGAAGGCCACUGAGCGGCAACUACUUGUAGCUAGUGGUCUUGCCGUUACCGCAGAACUGGACCGGUAUAUUACUGCCGCUGCUGUACGUGGCAGUCGUACAACAAUGAAACAACAAGCCUCUGAAGUCCAACAGAUGUUGGACACCUUCAAGAGUAAGAUGGGCUGCUCUAUUCCGUCUAACCUCUUACCACCUAUUAAAGUCUUGAUGAAGAUUAAGAACAACGACUACGUUGACCUACUCGACUUCAAACUAUCCGAGUCUCAGAGUCGUGCUACCACUCGAACUACUGCCACUACAGUGAAUGGUGACACUGUCGAAAUUAUGGUCGAUAGCGAGCCAAAGCCUAAACUGCGGUCAGGUCUACCUUUCAUCCCAGCGGGCUAUCUGGUUGAUGUUUUUGCCUUAGCCUCUACUACUAACUGGGGUAUUGCCCUAAGGGCAGAUGCAACUCAUCGUCGUGCUAUUCAAGCCAAAAUCAUGACUGCUUGGCCUCGAUUGGCCUUCCCCUACGCGAAGACAGAGAAGAUGUGA